AUGGCACCCGAUCACUACCAUUUCAUGGGCACCCCCGUCACCACCCUCCGCGGCCCCAAAGCAGACCACGGCGACGUCGCUAACGAUGUCCCCUCAAGAUUCGAGCUCUUCCUCCUCGGCGACGGCGAGGAAGAAAGUGACCUGGGCCCCCGAAACCCCCUCGACCUUGACUUUCCUCUCCAACGAUCUAUCCUUCCCUCUCUGACACAGGCCUCUCCCCCAGGUGUCCCCGACGCAGCAGUCUUCACCUUCAACAAGGAAGACCACACCCUCGCCAACCUCCUCCGCUCCAAACUCGCAAAGUCGCCAAACAUUCUCUUCUCCGCUUACAAGGUCCCUCACCCUCUGUUUGCAACCUUUGAGCUGCGUGUACAGACCGAUGGCUCUCUCACACCAAAGGAUGCCAUAAUCAGAGCUUGCGGAGACUUGAUUCAAGAGCUGCAGAGACUGGAUCAAGAAUUCACAAAGGAGUGGGAGCUCAAGAAGAUUGCCGGUCAAGGCCGUGAUGGACUUUGA